CAGACCACUGCACUGGUCUCCCUAUGGAAGCAGCUGUUUAUACGUGGCAGUGAGACCCCAUGGAGCAGUUGAGGAGGGGGAUGGCUCUUCAUAUUCAUGAAGCCUGGAUACUGCUGUUUCUAAUCCCUGCUUUGGUCACUCCAGCUGCCCUCAACCAUGAAGACUACCCUGCCGAUGAGGGGGACCAGACCUCGAGCAAUGACAAUCUGAUUUUUGAUGACUAUCGAGGGAAGGGCUGCGUGGACGACAGUGGCUUUGUGUACAAGCUGGGAGAACGCUUCUUCCCGGGACACUCCAACUGCCCCUGUGUCUGUACUGAGGACGGACCCGUUUGCGACCAGCCGGAGUGCCCCAAAAUCCACCCCAAGUGUACAAAAGUGGAACACAACGGAUGCUGUCCGGAGUGCAAGGAAGUGAGAAACUUUUGUGAAUAUCACGGGAAAAAUUACAAAAUCUUGGAGGAAUUUAAGCCCUCGCCAUGCGAAUGGUGUCGCUGUGAGCCCAGCAAUGAAGUUCACUGUGUUGUAGCAGACUGCGCAGUUCCCGAAUGUGUCAACCCAGUCUAUGAACCAGAACAGUGUUGUCCUGUCUGCAAAAAUGGUCCCAACUGCUUCGCGGGCACCACCAUCAUCCCCGCUGGCAUCGAGGUGAAGGUGGACGACUGCAACAUCUGCCACUGCCACAACGGGGACUGGUGGAAGCCGGCGCAGUGCUCCAAGCGCGAGUGCCAGGGCAAGCAGGCCCUGUAG